CAAUACUACCUUCUUCCCUCGCUCUCCUUUCUUUUCUUCCCUUAAACCCCCUUCCCCUGUGUAGGCUAGCAAACCGGACCUGCGUCUGGUCCGACCUCCUUACCUUUCCUUCCUUCCUUUUCAUCCUCCUCCUUGAUUAGAUGCUAAUAGCAUUAACGUGGACAAUCAUCAUAAGAUGAGUUCUGCUGCAAAUUUUAUUCUGCCAUCGAUUCUCGAUACGAAUGCUUCUCUUAACUUCCCCAAUUAUUCUUUCUUUUGGGGUCUCGGCUCUUGGCUUCAACCGCAGUGAAGUUUCCCCCGAACCUGUCAUAUUAUUUGAAACACUAAUAAAUGGCUCCAAUAUUGUGACAUUACGUUUUUGUUCUUCUUGGAAAUCUUGUAGCAAUUGUGCAUGAUAUCGCUUCUGUUUCUCUUCUGCAUGGCUUUCGUUACCUAUUAUGUAUUUGUUUUUCUUUAAAUGUAUCAACAGUUUCUUGAGCAAUCCCAUUGUUGUGGACACGUGCCAUAAUGCGAGAGCCAUCUUCAUUAUCAAAACCACGCGCCGCGCGGCACGCUUUUGCGUUCCGAGCUCGUGCAAGACGAAAGAAAAGCGCAGCAGAACCGAGGGCCUCACCACAAUGAAACCCUGGGUCUCCAAGAACACCAUGACCACGCGCCAGGCAGGAGCCUUCCACGGCACGGGGAGCGGCACUACGUAUACGGCAGAGGACACCCCGAGCGCGAGCCUCGCCCGAGCCGCCGUCAGCACCGUGCCCGCGCAAGAUGUGUCCCUGUCACAGCUCACGUACAGCUUCGAGUCUGGCCAGACGAUCGCUGGGCCGGGCAAAACUUCGUGCGAGAGGAGCGAGCGGCAGCGUUCACCGUUGACCAAGCGUCGUGCUUGCAAGUCCGAGGGACAGCUAAGGGCAUCGCCUCCUCUGCUAGCGCCUCGGCGACAGCCCGCUGCCCCGACUGCACUCGAGACCGAGCAGCAUGGACUCCCGUGCAGCCACAGGCCUCGGACGAAGUCGCAGCAGGUCCCCGGACUCGUGAACGUGGGACAAAGAGGACCAACCCAUACCACGGAGACAACGCUGUGGACUGCCGGGUCGUCGUCGACGUUCCCCUUUAUCGCCUCCCCGUCAGGCCCGUGGCGGCGAUGCGGACACUCGGCCUUCCUGUACACCGUGGGCCGUGACUUGAGCAGCACCGUCGACAGUUCCGCCACUACCAGCAGCAGUGCCAGCAGCGGCACAAGUACCAGCAGCGCAAGCAGCAGUGACAGCGCCCGAGUGUUGCCUUCUCGUGUAGUGCGCGUCAGCAGCAAGGCAGCCCUGGCCCCGAACACCCGUAGCUGCGCCGUCGACUGCACGCGACGCGACGUGGCCACGGCGACAGACCUCCCGCCGGGCGAGCACAACGGGAACCUCCCGGGCGUCUGGAUGGGAGGCCGGCUGCCUCUGAUGGUCGGCGCUGCGCUCUUGUCCGCACUGCUGGUCGCCUCUGCGGUGGCCACCACUGUCGGCAUCACGAACCGCCAGUCGACCACGGCACCCGGAGGUGCCGACGAACACCGCCUACGCGACGCCGUCGCUGGAUUGGCAGCCACCAAACCGCUGCUGCCUGGAUUGCCGUAUACGGAGUACCCACUACGGCAUGAUCCUGGCGUCCCAGCUGACGAGGCGGUCACUGACGCUGCCUGGAAGUGGCCGUCGACUGCGAGCGAACCAGUCGACGGGGACGCGACCGUUGAGCAGCCGGCUGUCGGAUACGGCAACGCAAGCGCCAGCUUCGUGACUGCCGAGAAUCCACUGGAGCAACCGUUCCGGAGAUCCACGAGGCCCGAAUGCGGCGUCGCCUUCUACACGUACUGCCGGGAGCCGCGCCGCGAGUUUGUCUACCGGGCCUCGAUCAACGCCUGCCUGGCGACCGGCGACGACCACCCGGCGCAGCUGUGCAACCGCGGCCCCAACCGGUUCGCCUCGUGGCGCGAAUGCGAGAGGAGCUGCGUGCUCGCCCAGCCGCCGCGCGAGGCCUGCCUCGACAAGACGCUUCUGCUUGGCUGCAGGAGGCAGGACGUCCGCACCAGCUGGUGGUGGUUCGAUGGCCGGGCGUGCCUAGCCUGGAACUUCCCCUGGGGUGGAUGCCCGGCCAACGGCAGUGCCGUGUUCCCCACGGCCGGCCAGUGCACGGCCCACUGCACCAACCCGCGCUACCCGCCCUGCGCCGCUCCACGGAGUGCGCCCUGCGGCAGCGCGCAGUUGAAGUUCCCCUUCUUCGCGGCAGAUGCGCCUUCGUCGGCGGUGCAGGUCGAGAGGCGCUGCUUCAGGUUGACGCGGCGCGUGCUGGAAUCGCACCGGUGCCUGACCGGCGCCAACCGGUUCCUCACGAAGACGGCCUGCGAACUGACGUGCAAGAAGCCGCCGGCGCGGCCAUAAUGACAGUCGCGCGACCUCAGGGCUGGCGACAAAUAGAUAUAACAAUAGAAUGGCAAAGCUUUAUCCACCCGUUGGUGUAUUUUAUAGG